AUGAGGAGAGAUAAUCAAAGCAGCGUGUCUGAAUUCCUCCUUCUGGGACUCCCUAUCCAGCAGGAGCAGCAGGGCAUAAUUUUUGCCCUGUUUCUAAUCAUGUAUAUCUCCACGGUGUUGGGAAACCUGCUCAUCAUUCUGCUUAUCAGGAUAGAUUCUCGCCUCCACACCCCCAUGUACUUCUUCCUCAGCCAUUUGGCCCUCACUGAUGUAUCUUUCUCAUCAGUCAUAGCCCCCAAAAUGCUCAUAAACAUGCAGACGCAGAGUCAGUCCAUCUCAAGAGCUGGGUGCCUUUCUCAGACUUAUUUUUUCUUAUUCUUUGGUACUAUUGAAAGCCUCCUUCUCACUUCAAUGGCCUAUGACAGGUAUGUGGCCAUUUGUCACCCUCUGCACUACACUAUCAUCAUGAGUCAGAGCCUCUGUUUCCUGCUAGUAAUUGUGCCCUGGGUCCUAUCUUUCGCCAAUGCUUUGUUGCACACUCUACUCCUGGACUGCCUGUCCUUCUAUAGAGAAAACACUCUCCAUCACUUUUUCUGUGACCUCUCUGCUUUACUUAAGUUGUCCAGCUCGGACACUACAAUCAAUGAAAUGGCUAUUCUUACUGUAGGGGAGUUGGUCAUCACCCUUCCUUUCAUAUGCAUCCUGGUGUCUUAUGGUUACAUUGUGUCCACUAUCUUGAGAGUUCCUUCAGUUAAAGGGAUCUGCAAAACUUUAUCCACUUGUGGUUCUCACCUCUCUGUGGUAUCUUUGUACUACGGAGCAAUUAUUGGAUUGUACAUUAUCCCCUCAUCCAAUGAAUCCUCUGGCAAAGAUAUCAUUGUAGCUGUGUUAUAUACUUUAGUCAUUCCCAUGUUAAAUCCAUUUAUCUAUAGUCUGAGAAAUAAGGACAUGAAAGGAGCUUUUCGAAUUAUAUUCAGUAGAAGAAAGUUUUCACAAUAA